UGUAUAUACCCCUAAUCAUCACUCCCCAUACAACUCGGCCAUGUCGCUGAAAGUGCCCCGGGAUCGUGCUGACGCUCGAGUGGAGUAAGACUUCCCCUCCGGUCACCCCUUUAUCUACCUUUCGCCAUAGUAUGAUUGAUAAUCAGCUUUACAGUAUCGUCUUCGUCCACGGCUGGAAAGCCGACGCCAAGCAUCCCGGCUGGAUCUCCACUCAGUUCAUAUGCUGGCCUGAAAGAUUCAUACCUGCAAAGGUCCCCGAAGCGCGGAUCUUAGCCUACAACUAUGACUGCAAACUCGACGAGUUUUGGAGCGAGGAAGAUGAUAUUAUCACAGAUCAUUCCAACGAAAUGAUGGACCUGAUCAUAGAGCAACGAAUGGAAGGGGAUCAGGGAGACCGGCCCGUGAUCUUUGUCGCUCACUGCUUGGGGGGUUUGGUUGUGGAGAAUGCCCUCGUCCACGGAAGCCACCACGAUGAUCGAAAGAAUCUCGUUGGUUGCGUACGGGGUGUCAUCCUCUUAGCCACCCCUCAUUACCAGCCCUCGACGCUGAGUCAGGUGAACAAAUACUUCCUGCUAGCCGGCGAGGAACCCCUCAGUGAUGACGAAUUGAACUCACGAUCGAAGUGGGUGUUGUCCAUCCCUCGCGAUUUUGCACGGCUGCGAAGUGGACAAAUGGAGGUGGAUAUUCUGUGUUUCUACGAAGGAACGGCUAUGAUGGUCGAUGGAGCGAAGGUCAAGAUCGUAGAAAUGAGCUUAGCUAGGCUUCCCGGAGCUCCAGAAGCGGAGCGAUUGGCGGCGGAUCACAUGCGCAUGGCACAGAUUGAAAGUGGGGAGGAUAGGGACAUUGCGAAGCUGGUGAGGGUGUUGAAGAGGUGGGUGGCGAAGAUAUUGCCGCCGUCUGAGAAAAAAAAUGCGAGCACGAGAGUCAAUAACGUGUCAAAAGCGUCGUUUGACGGGUCGCAUAAUUACGGUAUUCAGAUGGGGCAGAAUUCGGGAUCGAUGAGCGGGAUCAAGGUUGGGAAGUAGAUGGUGAGUUGGAGUAUAUGCUCGAGGCUUAUCUAGAGCACAAGAAGAUGAGGUGAGAUUCUUCUCCGGUACGGUUGACCCUAUAUUAUGGUGUGGACUGCAUGAGAGCGACAUGCUGCCUAACAACAUGCUAGAUGGGCCAAUUGCUCUCAAUAUUGACUAUGGAUGAAGACCAGUUGAGGGGCUAAGGGGUCCAACACAG